AAGCCUGGUAUUUCCUUUUUGCGGAACCCGACACCUGACGCCACCUCCUCAGUCGCUGGAUCGCCAGUCUGCUGCUUCUUGACUCUACCGAGCGAAACGCCGAGUGCUGCUUUGUGUUUACUGCCUGUGGACAACAAAAAAAAAAAAAAGAGGAGAAAAAUGAGCAAGAUUUCAAAGUUUUUCAAGGGGAGUUCGAAUUCCUCGAAAAAGCACGGGCCGACUCCUCAGGAAGCGAUCCACAAGCUGCGGGAAACGGAGGAAAUGUUGACGAAGAAGCAGGAGUACCUGGAGAAGAGGAUCGAACAGGAGCUGACGACCGCCAAGAAGCACGGCACGAAGAACAAGCGAGCUGCCCUUCAGGCACUGAAGAGGAAGAAGAGAUUUGAGCAGCAGCUGUCCCAAAUUGAUGGGACCUUAUCGACCAUCGAGUUCCAGAGGGAAGCUCUUGAGAACGCCAAUACAAAUACAGAAGUCUUGAAGAAUAUGAGCUACGCUGCCAAAGCCAUCAAAUCUGCCCAUGAAAACAUGGACUUGGACAAAAUCGAUUCACUAAUGCAGGACAUCACCGAGCAGCAGGAAAUCGCACAAGAAAUUUCAGACGCCAUUUCCAGACCUGCAGGAUUUGGAGAAGAGUUUGAUGAGGAUGAGCUGUUGGCUGAGCUUGAGGAUCUUGAGCAGGAGGACCUGGAUCGGCACUUGGUCACAGCUGGAGGAUUGCCUAAUGUCCCAUCGUCAUCUUUGCCGUCUCGGCCUGCUUCAAAAAAGAAAGUGGAGGUCGAUGAAGACAUGGAGCAGCUUGCAGCCUGGGCUUCAUAAGAACAGUUUCCCAUUUUGGAUUACCAGAUGUCAACAUUAGAGAAGUCUACGAACUUUAUUAAUGAUUUUUUUGUAGGGUUUGUAAUUUGAAAAAACACUCAUUUUUCUGUUUUUUGGGGAUUUUAACUGUAACAGUAAAUGUCUUUUGUAAACUCAUUUCCCACAGUAAUUUUUAGCUUGGGCUGCGUGGCGAUGUUGAGAGCCGUGCUCUGCAACUGGUGUGCUGGGAAGCCACCUAAUGUUUUAGAAAUCUGAGGGCAAAUAAAAUAACGAGUGGAAUGUUAAAAUCCAAAUAAAAAGGGAAUGGGAUCGACCGAUUGUUACAGCUAAAAGCUACGAAAUCGCAGUGCGUGUUCUGCCAGCCGGCACUGCUGCGUCUCUAAAGAUCUGUGCGAACGGCCAGUCAUCUGCAAACUUAAUGACCUCAUGGUUGUAACGUUUGACUGCUUCAGAGGCUACAUCCCAUAAUCGAGCAUUAUUUAAAAGAUUUGCACAAAUAAAUUAAACACGUUUAUUGUAAAUUUGGUGGCUGUGAUGUUGGUCUUUAAUAAAUACCCUUUGGUUUUGUUCUCAAAUGAUAUCCGGUUAUGCUGUGUGGAUUUAAUAUCUGAGUUACAACAGCCGAUCACACAGUAUCGAAGGCUGAGGAGCUCUUGUUCUAGACAUUCUGCUCCGUCUAGUAGUCUUUGAUCAUUUAUCUUUAUUACGUUUCUAUCUUAUGGAGGCUCAAGUUGGGGCUACACCAUGGCUAUUAGAGGAUUUCCUCAUUCCAGACUUCAUGAGCUUUCCAAUUUUGUAGUUUUAUCAUUGUAAACUGUUGAUUUCUUUUAAAUUAUUUAUGCAUUUUACCCUUUUUGUUUAUUAGCAGUAAUUUUGCUGUAUUAUGUAAUAUAAUACUGAAUAUUCCACAUUCUAUACGUAUAUAAAAAUCUUAAAAGAUACGAUGUUAAUUCAGAGAAAAGCGUCAAGGUAGACAAGAUUGUUAUCAAAAAAGCAGCCUGUGCCGAGUCCUGUUGGCCGCAUUUGCACUUCCAGUCAGGCUAAGUGCAGUUAUAGUAAGCACUCUUGCUUUUUUUUCUAUUUAAAUUGUCAUUUGUCUCUGAUGUCACAUGUCUGCUUUCCAAAUGUGUGCGUAAAAACAAAGGAGAAGACCAGGGCUGUGAAAAUUGGCGCACAAAACCUUCCUCAAUUUAUCAUACCUCUCUGUCUCCCAGAUUUAUGUGUGGAAUUCAUUAUACAAAUACGUUCCUCUGUUCACCGUACCUCUGACCCAACAAAAUGAAUCUGUGGAAAUCGGUAAAGAAAACCUUCCUCAAUUCAUUGUACCUGCGUCUCCCAAAUCCAUUACUGUACCACCGACUACAAAAGUAAUCUGGUGAACUCGGUAAGCAAAACCUUCCCCAAUUUAUCGUAUGUCUGCCUCCUAAAUUUUACUGUGGAAUUCAGCAAACAAUACGCUCCUCUCUUCAUUGUACCUCCAGCCUAAAGAAAUUCACCAGACUUCUAACCCAGCAAAAUUAAUCUGUGGAAGUUGGAAUUCUCAAUUUAUUAUACCAUCAUCUCCCAAAUUUUAUCAGUGGAAUUCAGUAAACAAAACCUUCCUCUAUGCAUCAUACCUCCGACCUACUGAAGUGAAUCUGUAGAAGUUAGUACCCAAAACCUUCCUCAAUUUAAUAUACCUCUGUCUCGCAAAUUUAUCUGUGGAAUUCAGUAAACAAUACAUUCCUCUAUUCAUCGUACCUG